CUGAGCACGUUCCUCAAAUUCAGGAUGAAUGGUUUUUGGUGUUUUGAUGCCGUUCAGCUGCCUCUUCUGGCUCGUGGUUGUGCACGUCUGUGUGUAAUGUGUGUGUAAUGUGUGUGUAAUGUGUGUGUAAUGUGUGUGUUGCCUCGACGGCAGUCUGCGUCGCCUCAUGCCAGGAGAUGAAAGUCAGUGUCGGAGGAUUUGGGUCGACGGGCGACACCCGACCUGUAACUUCCUGUUGGAGGUGGAGCGAGACCAGGAGGAGUGCGUGAGGAGGCUGAGGGAGGAGGACGCUGCCGGCAGCCAUAAAGAGCCGGCAUGCAAAGGAACGUGGGACAGCAUUGCAUGCUGGGAGCGCACUGAGAUCGGAGAGACCGUCACCAUCUCCUGUCCCCGAGUCCUCACGAGUGUAUUCGGCAGAAACGGUAACAUCAGCAGGAACUGCACGCCAGCGGGAUGGUCGGACGUUUUCCCGAACAUCACCAGCGCCUGUGGCUCGGACACCAGCCAGGACAAGCUGGUCUUCUACGUGGUGGUGAAGACGUUGUACACUCUGGGUCACAGUCUGUCUCUGAUCGCCCUCACCACAGGAAGCGCCAUCCUCUGCCUGUUCCGGAAGCUCCACUGCACCAGGAACUACAUCCACCUCAACCUCUUCUUCUCCUUUGUCCUGAGAGCCGUGGCCGUGCUGGUCAAAGACGACAUCCUCUUCAACCGAACCUCGCAGUGCUCCAGCCAGCCGUCACUGGUGGGGUGUAAAGCCAGCCUGGUGUUUUUCCAGUACUUCAUCAUGGCCAACUUCUUCUGGCUGCUGGUGGAGGGUCUGUACCUCCACACGCUGCUUGUCGUCAUCUUCUCCGAGAACAGACACUUCAUCGUCUACAUGUUCAUCGGCUGGGGAAUCCCCACCGUGUUCGUCUUUGCGUGGGUGAUGACGAGGAUUUAUCUGGAGGACACAGGGUGCUGGGAGACAAAUGACAACCCCAUACCCAACUGGGUGAUCAACGGACCAAUCGGAUUCUCCAUCAUGGUCAACUUUAUCCUGUUUAUCAGCAUCAUUCGGAUCUUGGUUCAGAAGCUGAGGUGCCCUGACGUGGGUGGCAACGACCAAUCACAAUACAGGAGGUUGGCCAAAUCCACUCUCCUUCUGAUCCCUCUGUUCGGGAUCCACUACGUGGUCUUCGUUUCUCUCAGUGAAUCCAUCGCAGAAGCUUAUAAAAUAUUCUUUGACCUGGCCCUCGGAUCCUUUCAGGGUUUGGUGGUGGCCAUUCUGUACUGUUUCCUAAACACUGAGGUUCAGGGCGAGCUAAAGAGAAAAUGGCAAAGCAUGUGUCUGAACUGCCGUCUGAGCAGAGACAACCUCCUCAACAGCACCUUCGCCUCCAGGAACGGCUCAGAGCACAUGGUGCAGUUUCACCGCAACUCCCGAACCCAGUCCAUCCUGCAGUCAGAGACCACGGUGCUGUGAGGACCUGAGAGAUCUCCUUAAAACAAACAGUCUCCAGGUCCAACAGUUUUUACGAGAAGAUUUGAACACAACGUUGAGGGGAUAAGUACCACACGGAUGGGAAACUGCACAUCAUCUCAGAGCAGAUUUGGGUUCUAGCUUUACAAAACUUCUGCAAGCCUUCAAAAUGUACCUUAAGCAGGACCGGUGCAUCCUAUGAGUGUGUGCUUGUGUUUGGCAUCGAGUAAGAACCAUUUCUAUUCAGAGUUUUUCUUAAUGUCGUAAAUAAUGUUCUUUCUGCGUGAAGCCAAGAAAGAACGGAUCUUGGACAACUACAUAUUUUAUCAGUUUUUCCUUAACCAGCAGACAUCUAUGAGGUAAGAAAUGUCCGUACUUUGAUCUGUGUAUGUUAAAUGCAUCUGUUAAAUAACUAUGAAGACAUAUGGUCUAAGAGAAACCGUGCCAUUCUUCUCUUCAUGGGUAGCAGAGCUGAAGACUUGAGGGGUCGAGUUUCAACUGCGUUGCAGCCAACGUGCCACCAUGUAGGAGACAUAUUGUUGUGACAAUGCGUGGUUGAUGUGAAACAGAGUCAAAAUAAGUAUUUUUGUGAAGCCUAGCACAUUGGCGACAAAGGGAAAUCUUGAAAUACGGUCGUGUUUGUGAGUUAACGUGGAAUCAUAGACCGUAAUUAGGAUGUGGACGUAGUCAUCGUGACAUCACCCAUUGGUUUGUGGACUGCCGUUAUUAAGCCUUGAGUCCAGUAAUUCAACAACAUGGUCGUCGCCAUGUUGGUUUUUCGCAACCGAUGAUCAGAAGUUACGUAGAGAGAUCUGUCAAUCACAGUUAUCCCGCCCUAAAGCAUCCUCUGCUUUAUGGUCUGUUUGACUCUAA